AAAACUUACGAACUUAUUGAAAUUGAAAAUAAUUUUUUUCAAUUUUGUUUUUGGUCCAAAAAAAUUGACAAUUUUUUUUGAAAACAAAAAAAACUUUCCUAACAUGUCUUCUAAUAACGUUCAUCAUCAUGAAAAUCGUGUACAAUUUGCCGAAGAAAAUGAUAAUUUGGAACAUAAUUCUGAAAUACAGAUACAAAUAUCGAAUGAAUUGGUUGCCAAUAUACAUCUUGGUUUUUUACAAAUAAAUUAUAAAUAUGAGAUAAAAUUUUCAUUCGAAUCAAAUGAAAUGAUUGAAAAUCAAUUUGAUUUGAAUAAUAGUUGUACUAAUGAUUGUCAUGCACAAAUUAUUGAAAUUCGUUCGAUAUCCAAAUCAAAAGAUGAUUCGAAUGAUAAUAACAAUGAUAAUGGUGAUAAACUAUUUGAACAUCAAUUGACGGCACAUUUAUUUGCAUUCAAAGAAAAAUUUCUUAAACAAACAGUAUCAUUAUUACCAUUGAAUCCACAAUCGAACAAAGUUUUAACAUUUAUAUUCAAUGCACGUGUAUUGGGUAAAGAUAAAGGAACACCAUUGCUUAAAAAUGGUAUACAAAGUAUUGGCUAUUGUCCGGAUGAUGAUGAUGAUGAACUUUGAAAAC